AUGUCAAGGAUUCCUUUGGGAAGUCAUGAUGGGCUAGAAACUGAUGAAGUGCUUGAUCAACAACUUAACUAUGAACUUGCAAACGAAGUUUCAAGAGACGACCAUGAAGAUUCGUAUGCGGAUGACAUUUGGGAGUCUGAAGAUUUGCAGCCGGUAAUGCAAGAAGGUCAUUCGGAAGAUUCGCUGUCAGAGUAUCAUACUAAGGAAAUGUCCGAGAAAAAGUUCUCUCCUUACCGUGAUGAGCAAGUGUCUAUGGCUCAACGCUCUUAUCCUUCGGAAUCUCCGUUUGGCAGUGCUUCGUCACUCAAUUCUAUGGAAUCUCCUAUGCCAUUGCAAUCAUCUACGCUUCUUUGGGACCCCAGUGUGAAGGAGGUGGAUGAUAUUUUACAUAAUGAGGAUUUUCAUGAUGGACGAGAUUUCAAUAUUUUCACGCUUCGUGGCUUUCUGUGGACUUUUGAUGCUUUUUAUCGGCUAUCCAGUUUUGUCUGCGGUAGAGGUUGA